AGGGAAGCUCCUAUUGUGAGUGUGCCUCUGGGUACAAAUGCCUUUCAGGGGACACAAAAUUCAAAAGUGAGAAGGAGAACACUUGUGAAGAGUCUCUCUCGAUUCUUUGACAAAGUCCGGCAAUUAUACCAAGACUUCAAGUCAGCCUCAAUUCAGAACACUAUCCAGGAGCUCACACAGGGCAUGGAUGACCUUCUGGAGACCCCUGGGGACCUGGAGAACCUGUCCCCCUCAGAGCAGCACUGUGUGGCCACUGAUCUGCUUGUUGGCCUGGAGAAUGUCCUGAAAGGCCUGAGCAAGGCCUUGCCCAAAAAGCCAUUGAUGCUGCAUGCUCCUGGAGGCACAGAACUGUCCCUGGAGGUGCACGAGCGAGGAGCCGGGGACAUCACCUUGGGCCAGAAUAACACAAGGAUGCUGCUGAACUGGGACACAGCACAGGAGGAACCUAGUGACUCCAGUAAUGCUGAGGUGCAGGAGAGGAAGGCCACUGAGACCUGGCAAUGGGACAAGACAGCCAGGGAUGUGAUGCACAGAGAAUUCAAGAUUAAAGUGAAGUGUCCGGUGGAUGGGACCAAAAGGGGAGGAGGAGGCCCUUCCGUGGUGGGCCUGGUCUCCACUCCAGGGAUGGGCAAGCUGCUGGCUGGGGUGGCUCUACACAAGACACACAAGGGCUUGCUGUGGGGAGUCUCCCCCAUCCUGCGCUCAGACAUCAUCUCUGCUUUUCUGAGCAACAAGGACACACAGAACCUCAGCUCUCCUGUCACCUUCACAUUCUCCCACCAUGUGAGUUGUGCUGGGGUAGGGAAGGGGUGUAAAAGGAGAUGUGGAGGGAGUGUGGCCACAGUCUUGCUAUUCAGUUCAGACUUGGGGCUCAGAGGUGCCCCCCAUGGAUGCAGCAUCUCCCCCAAGAAAGCCAACCUUUCCCAAGCCAGCUUUGGGCCGGCGCCUCUGAGCACCAGGACUACCAGCUCACAUCUGUACCAUGUUCCUACAGCCAGUGACCCCUGGGCCAGGGCAGGGGGUGGUGCUGCAGGAUGUUGGGCACCAGAGAUGAGAGCACCACCUGUCACUGCACUCACCUCAGCAGCUUUGCAGUCCUCAUGGCUCACUACGAACUGCAGCUGCUGGCUCCACUCAGACAAAGGAUUUAUAUGGACCUUCCUUGGACCUGUGUGCACCAUCUUCUCUAUGAAUUUGGCUUUCUUUCUGAUGACAUUCUGGAUUGCGAAAAACAAACUCACCUGGCUCAGCGGGGAUGUGUCUACCCUCCAGAACACAAGGAUGCUGACAUUUAAAACGAUAGCUCAACUCUUCAUUCUGGGCUGAACCUGGUGUCUGGGCAUCCUGCAAGUGGGCCCAGAUGCCCAGGUCACGGCCUACCUCUUCGUCAUCAUCAACAGCCUGCAGGGCAUCUUCAUCUUCCUAGUGUACUGCCUCCUCAGUCAGCAGGUCUGGAAGCAGUACAGGAAAUGGUUCAGAGGGAUCAGGAAAUUUAGAGCAGAAUCUGAGAUGUACAUGCUCUCCAGCAGGGUCGUGUCUGACUCCUCCAAACCCAGCGUGGAGAAUUAUGAUGAACAGCUAAACCAGAUGAUCUUGUCUCCUGGAAAAUGAGGAAAGUAUUGAACUGUCAUACUUUGAGCCAAGAGUCUGAAAAAAGGAUAUUUUUAUCUUUUUACUAGUAACUCUUCAUGGCAGCAUUGUGGGAGCAAAUAUGAACGGAAUAUUUGACCCUCAGUUGCUGAAGAAUUUGAGUUUUUUGCACCAUACUGUAUGGCCGGCUAACUCCCAGGACAGUCAAGGAAAUAUGACCCAUUAUCCCAGUUGCCUUGAAUUAAGCCCUCUGCUUUAAUCUCCUUACAAAAAUUCUUCCUCAAGCUGAAUUUAUAUAACCAGGAAAACCAGCCGCAAAGGGCUUUCUUAAAAUAGCAUAAGAGAGGAAUGAAAUGUUCAG